AUGUUCUGGGUGAAGACCAUUUUUGUGACACCCAUGGCUUUGGGAAUGGUUAUCUGGAUUACUGUCAAGGCAGGGGGCAAUGGCACAUUCUUUUAUGCGCCGGCCACUGUUCACGGCUCCAAACGUGCUUGGCUUUGGCUCUCAAACCUCACCAGUGUCACUGGUGGCUACAGCACGUUGGCUUGCAAUAUCCCGGACUUCAGUCGUUUCUCCCGGACACGCGGCGCACAACUGUGGCAAUUACCAUUCAUUCCCUUUUUCAAGGUCUUGGUCGGCAUCUUUGGCAUUGUGUCCGCGUCUGCCUCUCAGGUCGUCUUUGGGACGACAUAUUGGAGCCCACUCGACAUCAUCGCACAGUGGCAGAGCUCUUCAGGUGGGCGUGCUGCAGCCUUUUUCUGCUCUGCCAUUUGGCUUCUCGCCCAGAUCAGUGUCAACAUAAGCGGCAACAGUAUCUCAUUCGCCAACGAUAUCACCACCCUCUGGCCAAAGUACUUCAACAUCCGCCGCGGAGUGAUUUUUGCAUCGCUAAUCGGUGGUUGGGCGCUCUGCCCGUGGAUAAUUGUUGCCUCCGCGAAGGCUUUCCUCAAUUUCAUGUCAGCGUAUGCAAUUUUUAUGGCACCUAUCGCUGCGAUGAUGUUCACAGACUACUGGCUCAUCAAGAAGCGGAAGUACGAUGUGCCCGCUCUCUAUGAUCCGCAGGGGAUCUACCGUUAUCAGUAUGGUAUCAACUGGCGUGCUCUGGUCGCGAUGCUGGUGACAGUUGUACCUCUUCUGCCGGCAUUGGCCAAGAAAGUCACCCCUGACAACGUUGAUAUUGAUCAAGGCCUACAGAACCUCUUCUCCUUCAAUUGGCUCUACGGCUUCUUCCUGUCUACUUUUAUAUACUGGAUCCUUAAUUUCUUCUUCCCGGACAAGAAGACGUUGAUUGAUCAUGUCGUGCCGGGCUAUAAUGUUACCCAUGGCAUAGACGGGGACACUGAAAGCCAAAUCACAGAGCAUAAAGAGAAGGAUGCUACGAUUUAUGACGACAAGAAUCAUCCUGGUCCGAUGCUGGCUAGGGAAAUUGGGGGGAUUGCCAUGGCUUGA